GAGAGAGAGUGCUUAAGAGAGAGAGGGGCGGUGACGUAGGAGAAAUGGGAGGAGCCUCACCGUCAGGAGGGAGACUGGCUUUUUCUGAGUUUGUCAGCUUCCCCCCUCCCACCUAAAAUAGCAGCCAUCGUGUAAACGUGAAGUCAAAUUAGGUUUUAUCCGGCGGAGAGCAGCCAUAUAGAGUACCCGCACGCAGCAGCAGCAGUUUGGCCCGGGACGAAAGCUUUUGCCGACAACCGCUGACGAGUGUAUGGUGUGUUGAGAAACCAAGAAGAAGAACCUGUGCAUAAUGUGCUAGGAGAGGCGGCGGACGAAAGUCAGUGUGUCGUGUUUGUCCGAUAUCGUCCAAGUGUCAGAGAGACGGGGAAAAGGACAGAGCCAUGGGGCGAAAGAAGAUACAGAUCACCAGGAUCAUGGAUGAAAGGAACAGACAGGUUACCUUCACGAAGAGGAAGUUUGGCCUGAUGAAGAAGGCCUACGAGCUGAGCGUCCUGUGCGACUGCGAGAUUGCCCUCAUCAUCUUCAACAGCUCCAACAAACUGUUCCAAUACGCCAGCACCGACAUGGACAAAGUGCUGCUGAAGUAUACGGAGUACAACGAGCCCCACGAGAGCAGAACCAACUCUGACAUUGUCGAGAAAUUAAGAAACAAAGGCCAUAUUGACUGUGCUAGCCCCGAACCCGAAGACUGUUUCGGGCACAGCCCCCUCAUGGAUGACCAUUUCGGCAAACUAAGCGAAGAGAGUGAUUUAAUGUACAAGCGCUGUGGUGCGCUAAACAAGAAAGAACACAGAGGUUGUGAUAGCCCGGACCCCGAUGCCUCAUAUGUCCUCACUCCUCACACUGAAGAAAAGUAUAAAAAAAUUAAUGAGGAGUUUGAUAAUAUGAUGAGAAAUCAUAAAAUCCCCACGGCAUUGCCCCAGCAGAACUUCUCCAUGCACGUGGCGGUGCCUGUGUCCAAUCCGAACGCCAUGUACCAGCUGGGAGGGACUCUGGGCGGCCAGACUUUAGCGGCGGCCACAGCCUCCCUGGCUGACAACGGGAUGCUGUCUCCUCCACAGGCCUCUUCGCAUAGGAACGUGGGCUCAAGUGGGGGCCCCCAAAGGCCCGCCAGCGCAGGGAACGGUUUUGUUAACCCCAGGGGCUCCCCGGGCCUCCUCAACACGCCCAGCGGCAACGGUCUGGGUAAAGUCAUGCCUACCAAGUCUCCGCCACCCCCUGGGGGGAACAUGGGGAUGGGAAGCCGCAAGCCAGACCUAAGGGUCGUUAUCCCUCCAUCCAGCAAAGGGAUGAUGCCCCCGCUGAAUACACAGAGGAUAAGCAUCCAGUCCACCCAGCCUCUCUCCACCCCCGUGGUGUCCGUCUCCACCCCAAGCUUACCCCCGCAAGGCCUGGUCUACUCAGGCAUGCCCACCUCCUACAACCCUGCAGAGUAUUCCCUGAGCAGCGCUGAGCUCUCCUCCCUGCAGGGCUUCAGCUCUCCUGGGCUGUCGCUGGGCUCCAUCGCAUGGCAACAGCAUCAACUUGGCCAGGCAGCUCUUAAUUCUUUGGUCGGCGGAGGCCACCUACCUCAAGGCUCCAACCUCUCCAUCAACACCAGCCAGUGCAUCAACAUCAAAUCCGAGCCCAUCUCGCCGCCGCGGGAGCGGGCCACGCCCUCCGGUUUCCCGCAACACCAGCAGCCGCCUCCGCCGCAGCAGCAGCAGCAAGGCCCCGGGCGACAGGACGUGCUGGGACGCUCGCCCGCCGACAGCCUGAGCUCGUCCUGCAGCUCCUACGACGGCAGCGACCGAGAGGACCACCGGGUGGACUUCCACUCGCCGCUGGCGGGCCUGGUCCGACCCCCGGCGCCCGCAGCCGGCGACAGGGAGAGCCCCUCGGUCAAGCGCCUGCGCAUGGACGCGUGGGUGACCUAGAAGGAAGGAGGCGGCCGCCGAGGAAGGCAGGGAGGGCUGUAUGAUAUCUUUAUUUCUCUUUGUACAUUCGGCAGGUACUUGAUCACAUGACGUCUGCAAUAGGAGCUUCUGGCGCUUGGAUGUUACGCAACCACAGGAGGACUUUUCACCCACCCCACACACACCUUUUAUCCCCGGCGCCCUCUAAGUUAUCGACGGCACGAAGAAAACACGGAAUUUCGGUUGUUGUCACGGUGACAAAGUCUCCAGUCUUCUGUCGCCGCGAUUCCGAUAUGUAAAUAUCCACUUUCACGUCUGGGAGCGUGCCAGGGAGGAAAAGAAACCAUCUUUUUUUGCCGGUGAGCGCCAAGUCGACGCCGGGCGUACUUCUCGCCCUCGCCAUCCGCACACAUCUUGUGUCACUCUGCUUUGGCCGUUUGCUUUUUUACCCCGUUAUCAGCAUCCACGUAUCGGACACGCCCCUCGGUAAUAACCGUGUCUAUGCAGCCCAAGUCACAUGACCCGUCCAGACCACACGUGUGAUGUCAUCGUAGGCGAAAGCGACUGUUAGCCUCUUCUAUUCCUAAGUGCCACUCGGAUUACGGGAUUCUUUUCACAUUUUGGCGCUAAUUCCACACGUCCAUCAACACCUGGCGGUACAGUGGAACCAAAAAGAUGCUUCUGUCAUUCAUUGACUAAAAAGUAUCCCCAAAUUUGUCCUUUUGUCAUCAAAUUGACCCCUUGAACAAAACAAAAAAAAUGUACAUACGCAUUUGGCAGUUUUUGGGAAGCGAAUAUUUGUUCUUACUGUAGGACCACAAUGGUCUUUUUGUCUUGCAGCCCAUCUCACAAGCUAGAGAUGAUAUUCAGAAAAUAUGUUUUAUGGAAGUGUUAAAAAAUUAAUAUAAAUUGUAUUUAAUAUGUAUACUUCAGAGGCUAACCUAAUUUUUUAAAGUAGAAAAAAAUAUAUUUAAAAGUUUUUGGGAAGUGGACCAUUUUUGUCACUAGGAUAAUUAUUUAGUUUUUUUUUUGUGACAUUGAAUGUUUUUUUUUUUAAAUGUAUUUAGCUGCCAUCUCCGUUUUUGAGGAGCAGAUAUUUAUUGUCACUAGGAUCACAAGUGUGAGCAUUUUUUUUAAUUUUUUUUUUAGCUUGGUUUGGUUGAAGAUAUAAUUUUUUUAUCUUUUAUUUAGCUGCCACCCACUGCCUGAAUACUGAAUAAUAUUCAGAAAAUACAGCUUGAAAUAUGUUUUAUGGAAGUAAUUUUGUUUUGUAAACAUCCCGGCCUUUGAAGGGUUAAAAAUAAAUAUAAUUUGUAUUUAAUGCGUAUACUUCUGAAGCUAGCACACUUUUUUAAUGUAGAAAAAAAUCAAUUUUAGCAGUUUUUGGAAAGCGGACAUUUUUUGUCACCAGGACAAUGUUGUUGUUUCUUAUGUGAAAUUAUUAUUUAUUUUUAUAUUUUAAUAUUUAAUUUAGCUGCCAUCUUAGUAUUUGAGAAGCAGAGACUUAAUGUCACUAGGACUUCAAGUGUGUUUUUUUUUUGUUGGCUUUUCAAUUUAAUUUGUCUAAAUUAAAUUCAAAAUAAAUAUAAAACGUACUUAAAUAUAUAUUUCAGGCUGAUCUAGUUGGUAAAAUUGACCGUUUUAAAGUAGACACAAAUAUAUUUAACAGUUUUUGGGAAGCGGACAUUUUUUGGCAGCAGGGCAAUGAUUUUUUGGUGUGAAAUUUAAUGUGCUUUUUUAAAAUCUUUAAUUUAGCUGCCAUCUCAGUUUUUAAGAAGCAAAGAUUUAUUGUCACUAGGACCUCAAGCAUGAGUUUUUUUUUUUGUUUAAUUUAGUUGAAUAGAUUUUGUUUUUUAUUAUUAUUUUACUUAGCUGCCAUCCACUGCCUAAAUACUGAAUAAUAUUCAGGAAAUACUCCUUGGAAUAUGUUUUAUGGAAGUGUUUUUGUUUCAUUUUGUACAAAUAUCAGCCUUCAAGGGUUCAAAAAUAAAUAUAAAAAGUAUUUAAAUGCAUAUUUCAGGCUGAUCCAGUUGAUGAAAUUGACCUUUUUAAAGUAAAUUAAAAAUAAAUUUUAAAUUUUUUGGGAAGCGGACGUUGAUUGUCACCCGGACCUCAAGUGAGUUUCUUUAGUUUACAGCCUAAGUAUAAUAUUCAUAAAAUACUCCUUGGAAUAUGUUUUAUGGUUAGUUAGUAAUGUAAACACAGUGUACCGUCCUUUUAUGGGUUAAACAUAAUUAUACAGAGUUUAAAAUGUGGUUGAUGGUAAAAUUGACAUUUUAUAACAGAAAAACAAGUUUUUAAGCUUUUGGAAGGUGAAUAUGUAUAUUAUCAAUAGGACCUUGAACUUUUUAUUUAAUUUUGUUGAAUUUAUAUCCUUUAUUUAGCUGCCAUCAGCCUGAAUAAAAUAUUCAGAACAAACUCCUUGAAUUGUAUUUUAUGGAAGUGGUUUAGUUUAGUUAGUUAUGUAAACAUAUUGACCUUUAAAGGGUUCUAAAUAAAUAUCAAUGAUAUUUAAUGUGUAUAUUUUAGGCUGAUGGAGUUGGUAAAAUAAAAUAAAAAAAUAAGUAGAAAAAAUUAUAUUUCACCGUUUUUGGAAAGCAGUUAUUUACUGUGAUUAGAACCUCAAGUGAGUUUUUAAUUCUGUGAAAUGUAAUUAUUAUUUUUUAUUUAUGUUUAUCCAGUGAUUUAGCUGCCAUCUCACAGCCUAAAUAUAAUAUUCAGAAAAUACUCAUUGAAAUAUGUUUUAUGGAAGUGGUUUAAUUAGUAAUGUAAACACACUGUACUGUUGUUAUAAGGGAUACAAUUAUUAUACAGAGUUUUAAUUUAAAUAUAUAUGUUUCAGGCUAAUCUAAAUUAGUUUGUAACAUUGACAUUUUUAUAACAGAAAACGUUUUUUUUGUUUUGUUGAGAUUUAUUGUCUUUAGGACCUCAAGUUUGAGUUUAAAACUAUCAUUUUGUACAAUUUAAUUGUUUUUUUUUAAAUAUUUUAUUUAGCUGCCAUCUCACAGCUCAAAGAAAAUACUCCUUGAAAUAUGUUUUAUGGAACUGGUUUAGUUUAUUUAGUUACAGUUUGUAAAGUAGGGAAGGGAUUCAUAAGGCCCCAUUCCUGGGUGGAUCUCGCAUGAGCGGAAGAGGGGAGUGUUAAUCUAUUCGCAGUCUGCUGAAAAUGAUAGAAAGCGCCACCCAAACAGAAACUGAUGCUGUGUUCAAAGUUGGAAUUGCCACAAAACACUCUACUGCCAUCUGGAGGCUAAAGUGGAUAUUCCAACCCACCAUUAGUCACGUUUCAGGUGUCAGGUAAAUCGUGAUGAAUGGGCCCAUAUGAAUCCUCUUCCUACUGUAAACAUACUGGCUUUGAAAGGGUUCAGAAUAAAUAUAAACCAUAUUUUUAUUUUGGCUAUUCCAGGCAGAUGUAGUUGGUAAAAUAGACUUUUUUUUAAAGUAGAAAAAAAUAUAUAUGUAACAGUUUUUGGGAAGCAGAGAUUUAUUGUCACUUGGACCUCAAUUAAGUUUGUUCUCACAACCUUUAGAAAAUAUUCAGAAAAUACUCAUUAAAAUAAGUUUUAUUUCUUAGUUAUGUAAUGCUUUCAAGGGUUGAAAAUAAAUAGAAACCGUAUUUAAUAUAUAUUGUUCAGGCUGAAGUAGGUGGUAAAAUUGACAUGUUUAAAAUAGUAAAAACGAAGUAAUAUAUCUUAACUGUUUUAGGGGAGCACAAAUGUAUUGUCACCUAAAGAGUUUUAAAUCUGUUUUUAAUACUUUCUAUUUCUGCCAUCUUGUAGCCUUAAAAAGGGUUUUAGAAAUGACUCACUAAAAUGUAUUGUCCAUCCAACCAUCCAUCCAUUUUCUACCGCUUACUCCCUUUUUGGGUCACGGAGGCGCUGGCGCCUAUCUCAGCUACAAUCGGGCGGAAGGCGGGGUACACCCUGGACAAGUCGCCACCUCAUCGCAGGGCCAACACAGAUAGACAGACAACAUUCAAACUCACAUUCACAAGUAAUUUGGUUUAGUUAUGUUAACGUACUGGCUUUUAUAGGGGGACAAAUAACACACAUCCUUUGAAAUGUAAUAUGACCCAGCAGACACAAGACAUUGAACGAACGUUGAGAACGUGUUGAAUUAGGUCCUGAAGUCGAGCAACUCAAACAUAAUGUUGAAAUAACAUGCUUUUUGACGACAUUUAAUCAAUGUCGGGUUCCGAUGUUGAUUUGACCAUCGAAUUUUGGUCAUUUUCCAACCAAUAUUCUACAACACAUAUACAACGUUGAAACAACACCUUUUUGACGACGUUUAAUCAACCUUGAUUUGACCAUUGAAUUUUGGUCAUUUCCCAACGUUAGACAUCAACAUUGUCUCAAUUUACAAAUACAACUAUUUUGCAACGUUGUUGCAAUGUCAGUUUUAAAGGACAUGUGCGUAUAAUCAACGUUGUAUCAAUGUCUUCCGCCUGCUGGGUCACGUUUCGUUUAUAAAAUGUACUUGAUCAAAGUAGUAAAACAAAAUCUCAUACUCAAAACUGUUUUUUGAAAACCGACAUUUUUAGUCACUCGGACGUCAAGUGUGAGUUUUUUUUUUUGUUUUUUUUUUUGUAUUGCCGCCAUCUGACAGCCAAAAUAUAAUUACCUUAUUUUUCUGACUAUAAGCGACUUAUGUUUGAAAUUAUUAACACAUUACCGUAAAAUAUCAAAUAAUAUUAUUUAUCCCAUUCGCGGAAGAGACGAAGGAAAUGUCAGCAAUCGUCACUCUCACGCCAACCAAUAAGAAUUUGGCGGGGGGCGUGUGAUGGCAGAAGUGCAUUGUGGGUCAUGAUAUGUUAACUGCUAUAUGCUAUAUCAGGGGUCGGGAACCUUUUUGGCUGACAGAGCCAUGAAAGCCAAAUUUUUUUAAAUGUAUUUCCGUGAGAGCCAUAUCAUAUUUUUUUAACACUGAAUAUAACUUAAUGCGUGCAUUUUUUAAGUAAGACAAACAUUUUCAGAGUAUAAUAAGUCUAAUUCUUUUUAAUAACAUUGUUAUUUCUUGAACAGGUGUGGUAGGAAACGGAUGGAUGGAUCAAAAUGCAUGCGAAUGUUUUAUAUUUUGAACGUUAUUUUUAACAUCGUGAUUAACAGCGGAAUUAUUCAUUACUUAUUGUGUUAAGCAAUGUCAGCUCAGAUUUAUCCGAGAGCCAGCUGCAGUCAUCAAAAGAGCCACAUCUGGCUCUGGGGCCAUAGGUUCCCUACUCCUGUGCUAUAUGCUACUGUCGGAGCUAUUAAAAAUGGAUCACAUCAACAUUGGCGGUAACGUAUAAAAACUGAGAAGGACUGAACUAAAAUGGCACCGAAAAGGAAAUCAUGUGCUGCAGAUUACAAGCUGGACGUAGUGAAAUAUGCUGCAGAGAACCGCAAUCGAGCAUCAGAAAGAAAGGACGCUAGCGGGGCGCAUACCGGAGGCGAUAUCGAGGAAGAAAAUCUCAUCGGAUUUCGCGAUUGGGAGUGACAGAUUGUUUGGUAAAACGUAUAGCAUGUUCUAUAUGUUAUAGUUAUUUGAAUGACUCUUACAAUAAUAUGUUACGUUAACAUACCAGGCACCUUCUCAGUUGGUUAUUUAUGUGUCAUAUAACGUACACUUAUUCAGCCUGUUGUUCACUAUUCUUUAUUUAUUUAAAAUUGCCUUUCAAAUGUCUAUUCUUGGUGUUGGAUUUUAUCAAAUAAAUUUACCCCAAAAUUGCGACUUAUACUCCAGUGCGACUUAUAUAUGUUUUUUUACUUCUUUAUUAUGCAUUUUCGGCCGAGUUAUACUCCGAAAAAUACGGUUGACAAUACUUUUUGAAAUGUAUUUUAUGGAAGCACGGUGGGACAGGGGUUAGUGCAUGUGCCUCACUAUACGAAGGUCCUGAGUUGUCCUGGGUUCAAUCCCGGGCUCGGGAUUUUUCUGUGUGGAGUUUGCAUGUUCUCCCCGUGACUGCGUGGAUUCCCUCCGGGUACUCCGGCUUCCUCCCACUUCCAAAGACAUGCACCUGGGGAUAGGUUGAUUGGCAACACUAAAUUGGCCCUAGUGUGUGAAUGUGAGUGUGAAUGUUGUCUGUCUAUCUGUGUUGGCCCUGCGAUGAGGUGGCAACUUGUCCAGGGUGUACGGCGCCUUCCGCCCGAAUGCAGCUGAGAUAGGCUCCAGCGACCCCGAACGGGACAAGCAGUAGAAAAGGGAUGGAUUUUAUGGAAGUGUUUAAAUUAGUUAUGCAAACAUGCUGGCAUUCAAAUGGUUAAACACGUUGUUUAUUUAAUACAUGUAUUCCAGGGUGAAGUAGUGAGGAAAAAUCAGUUUAAAGUUGAAAGUGGCUUAUGGAAAGUGGACAUUUUUGUUGUGAAGAAAGUAUCUAUUAUGUAUUUCCUGGAAAUAUAUAAAUUUGAACCAACUGGCUUGUAAAUUUGAGUGUAUACAUAUGAAUAAUUCUCAGAGUUGGCAUUUUUGCUUACAUUAGGGACACAUCCUUGACGUAUAAUAAUAAUAUGCAUCCAUCCAUCCAUCUUCCUCCACUCAUCCGAUGUCGGGUCGCGGGGUCAGCAGCCCAAGCAGGGAAGGCCAGACUUUCCUCUCCCCAGCCACCCCGCCCAGCUCCUCCCGGGUGAUCCCGAGGCGCUCACAGGCCAGCCUUGAGACAUAGUCCUCCCUACAUGCCCUGGGUCUUCCCCGUGGUCUCCUACCGGUCGGACGUACCCGAAACACUUUAGAAAAAUAAAUAUAAAUGCAAUACAAGUACAAUACAGUACAAUGAGUGAUAAUGACAGAAGGUUACUGCAAACUACUGGUGUUUGAUGUAAUGCUUUCCUCCAUGUUCAGUUCUAUGGUUAUCAUCACACUUGCCAUCAAUAGCAAAAAAGACAACGAAAAAACACAAUUUAAUGAGUGAACGAGAAACAAGAAAUGGUUCUCAAAGUUAGAAAAUGUUUGUUUGAACUCUCGAGUUCCGCGUUGACGGUUCCACUGUACCUUGACCGAUAUUCUCCAAACUAUCGUCCACCAUUCAAAUGUAAUGCGGAGCAAGCGGGUUUAGGACGAAAAGGAGCAAUAAGAAAACAGCAUCACCUCGUAGUUGAGCACACUUGAUGACAUAUCAGGGACUUUUGUAGUUUGUAUAUGCACACGCAGAGUAAAUGCCUUAUCCCAAAGAAAUAGAGUAGGACACAAGUGUCAGCUCCUUUAUGGCAGAAGAAGAAACAGACGGCCCAAGUGGAGUGAUGCACUCUCCUCCUCCUCCUCCAAGAAACAACCGAUGAAUGUGGAAAGGAAAAUGUGGUGGAGGACUUUUUUUUCCUUCAUGGCUUUUUUCUAAACAGAACAUGUGUUUGCUACAGGAAGUGUUUGUACAGCAGCCCAUAGCUCACCUUCACUCCAAAGCUGUUUUUUUUUUUUCUCGGUUUGGCGGCACAAGCUGGACUUUGUUGCCAACAAUGGACUUUCUUGUUUCGGUUAAAAAAAAAUUAAAUAAAAAAGUUAUGAAAAAAAAAAAAAAAGAUUUUAAGUUAAUCCGCGUUUUAAGUCUCCCCGAAUGUGCUAUUUUAUUUUUCAGCAUAUAUUAAAUAUUCAAGUGGAUUUUUUAUGGAACAUUAAAGAUAUUAUGCUAGAUAUUGUUGUACAAAAUUUGUAUUUUUCAGAAAAGUACAAAUAUGUGUGAUUUAGGUUAUCUCUCUUUAUGUGUAUACAAAAAAGAAGAAAGAAGUCUGUUCUCUUGUGAAGUCCCACACAGUAGCAAAGUUGAUUAAACACGUCUUCAUGUCUAGUUCAUCUUUGACUCUGCCCAUUAAAUGCUUUUAUUCACCUC